UUGUAUGAGACAUGACAGAGAUGAUAUAGAAGCUACUAACAUUGUUGUUUGGUAUUAAUUUUUAAAGAUAUUAAUUAGAUUGAACUGUCUAUUUAAUGUUGCACACUGUUUUUUCUUUUUCUUUUUCUUUUUGGACUAAAACCGUUCCUCUAUUGUACUAUUUUUUUGAAACUAUAAUUUUCUCAAUUUUGAGUUUCUUUCUUGCAGAUAUUAUUAACCAGAGAUAGAGUUACACAAGUGAUUCUUCAAUUAAAGAGUGUCAAGUGAUAAAUCUAUCAAAGAUGUGGAGUUCAAAAGUAGGCAGCAAGAAACAUUCACAUUCAUUUAGAUGCGAAGAUCAAAUCUGUCCAAAUCAUAAGAAAAAACUUCAUGACAGACCGAAGAAUAAUCAUAAUUUUUCGAUAAGGGAGGUUCCAAUACAGAAAGUGUUCAAUGUAGAGCAUUGUACUAAUAACGCUAGCAGAGACUUCUCGGAUUUCGCGGAAGGAAAAAGUUAUUCUCCUACAGGCAUGAAUGGCGCAGACUAUGAUACGCCGGAGCUGGUUGUUUUUAUUCAAGAGGAUCGUCAUCAGCAAUAUACGAAGGACAUUUGCAUUGACAGGCAAAUUAUGCCAGAAAGAAAGUGUGAUAUGAAUAGAAAUAGAACAAGUGAUUUAAAUCUAGGAAUCAUGGAAACAAUGUCGAAUAAUUCGCUUCGAACGAAUUGUGCCUCUCAACAUCCUUCCUUUAAGGAAGCUAUGAGAGUGCAUGGUUUUAGAAAUUUGAUGAAAAGCGAAAUGGAACUUUCAUUAGGAGACAGGAUUACAUUUGAUCAUCACCUCACAAAGAAGGCAACAUCGGAGACACUUCGAGAGGCUUUUAAAAGGGAAAGAAACUUGACUAGGUCCUUUGAGAAUUGGCAAGGAAAUUCGAUUUUAGGAUCAAGUGGAAGCUGCGUGGAGUUUCCGCAUUGCAGAAACUGUCUACAAGUGAAUGACAGAAAUAUGUAUAGACCAGAUAUGAAUUACUUACAAAGUCUAACAACAAUUUCUGAACAAAGAAAAGUUGAUUAUUCUCGAGAGAUUUCUAACAAUGCCUUAGAAUCUCAGUCUGGUUCAACACCAUGUAUUUGCCAUGCAAAGAACUCUAGCAUUGUCUCUCACCAAUCUAAUGAUAGCAUAGGCAGUGCAAAUUCAUUUUCUUUUCCCAUAUUGCCUGUCGAAUGGGUUGGAAGUCCGGUGAAAAUGAUGGAAGCAGAUAAAAGUCAAUCAAGAAAGCAUCAAUGGAGGAAGAUAUGGCUACCAUGUUGUGAUUAGCAUGUAUUGGGUUGGGAGUGCCAAGUUCAUUCAAAUCUUUUGGUCUGGAUUUUUUGUAUGUGCCAUUAGAAUGAUAUACACAAAAUGUUUGAUUCCAUUUCUCCAUAUAGGGAAAAGAAAUCCUCAACUAUGACUUGAAUUUUUCAAUAGAGAG